AUGAGUAGUACCAACAAUACGUUCGACCGCGUGUCGUCGACUUCUGCAGCUUGUCCUCGUCACUCGCCUUCCCCUGAAGACCAGCUUCGACCACCGGUCUCCGGAAAGCAGCGACGUAUCUCGAAUCGAUCAGCUCCUCCCGCUCCAGGACAUCCUGACAUCUUCACUAUGGGUGGCGGUACCGAGCCAAAGGGAAAUGAUUCCUCCUACCCUCUCUUCGCCGAGCGGCCCAUUGGCGUUCCCAAAACAAGCAUUCUGAAGGGUCGCAUUGAACCGUUCUAUAAGUCAGGACAGUACUAUAAGGUCAACCUGCAAGCGAACAUGGACAAUGCUAGAUACUCAGGCAAGCCUCAUGUGCAACUCUUUGUCUGGGACGCACCAGAUCUUUCUCGUCCCACAUUUGAAGAUGCCGUCAGUCACGAAUUCAGGGAAACUCAUACCGGCACUUCCUUCGGUCCUUCCUGGUCCACUCAUUGGUUCAAGGUCAUCCUACGCAUUCCCGAGGACAUCAAGGAUGAAGAGCUCAUCGAGCUACACUGGGAUGCCAGCAAUGAGGGCACUAUCUGGACGGAGGAUGGUGUCCCCAUUCAAGGCCUCACUGGCAGCGGAGAGCGCAUCGAGUGGAUCAUUCCCGACUCAUUCCGCGAUGGCGAAGAACACACUAUUUAUAUUGAAAUGGCUUGUAAUGGCAUGUUUGGAAACGCCCCCAACGGUACUACAACCAUUGCUCCGCCAGAUCCCAACAGACGCUUCAACCUCAGCAAAGCCGAUAUCGUGGCUGUCAACGUGCCAGCUCGCAAGCUUCACAUAGAUAUCUGGGAGAUCGGUGAUGCUGCCCGAGAGCUUCCUGAGAACUCGGCCGAGCAGAAUCAUGCACUGGCUGUAGCCAUGAAGAUCAUCAAUACCUUCGAGGUCAACAAUCAGGACUCUAUUCUCAAGUGCCGAGAAAUUGCUCGUGAGAUUCUUGGCCCUGAUGUUGACUCGCACAAGGUGUAUGAAGUAGGGAAGGAUCCUGUCGUGUUCGGAAUCGGACAUUGCCACAUCGAUAGUUGCUGGCUCUGGCCUUGGGCUGAGACAAAGCGCAAAGUCGUUCGAUCUUGGACAAACCAAUGUGACCUCAUGGAUCGCUACCCAGAGGCUAAUUUUGCUUGUUCCCAAGCUCAACAGUACAAAUGGCUCAAGACCUACUAUCCCGCUGCAUACAAGCGAGUUAAGCAGAAGGUAAAGGAGGGCCAGUUCCACCCUAUUGGUGGCAGCUGGGUUGAACAUGACACAAAUCUGCCCAGUGGUGAAUCGCUCGUGCGACAAUUCUUCUACGGCCAAAGAUUCUUCGAGGCCGAGUUCGGCUCACGAUGCCGCACGUUCUGGCUUCCUGACACUUUCGGCUAUUCGAGCCAACUUCCUCAGCUCUGCCGGCUGGCCGACAUGGAUCGUUUCCUGACCCAAAAGCUGAGCUGGAACAACAUCAACAACUUUCCUCACACGACAUUCAUGUGGGUAAGUCCUGAUGGAAGCCAGGUCAUUUGCCACAUGCCUCCUUCCGAGACAUACACAGCCAACGCCGACUUUGGUGACUUGAAGAGAAGUAUUGAGAGACACAAAACGAUGCGAGUUGAUAGCUCGUCUCUGCUUGUCUUUGGCAAAGGUGACGGUGGCGGUGGCCCUACUUGGCAACAUUUCGAGAAGCUUCGUCGAUGUGCUGGAAUUAGCAACACUAUCGGUGGCAUCCCAAAGAUCAAGAUGGGCUUGACUGUUGACGACUAUUUUGAUCGACUCAACCAGAAAGCCACUGAGUUUCCUACCUGGUACGGCGAACUCUAUUUCGAGCUACACAGAGGAACAUACACCACACAAGCCAACAACAAGUAUUACAACCGAAAGGCUGAGGUGAUGCUUCGAGACAUCGAGCAAUUGGCCACCUAUGCAUCGAUCAAGAACAAGAAGUACAAGUAUCCAACCAAGGAUCUUGAUGAUAUGUGGGAAUCUGUCCUUCUCUGCCAGUUCCAUGACUGUCUACCAGGAAGUAGCAUUGAAAUGUGUUACGACGAUUCCGAUAAGGUCUACGCUGAAGUUUUUGAAACUGGAAAACGUCUUCUGAACGACCUCUACGAUUCACUCAAUGUUGCUAGCCAAUUCUCAUCAAGCCUUAACGAAUCGGUUGCCAUCAACACACUGCCUUGGCACCGAAAAGAGCUCGUGGAGCUUUCCGACAGUGAAGUCGGUGUUGCAUGUGGUGAUGGCCAAUUACUGGCCCUCCGAUCGUUCAAGGUGCAAGAGGAGAAGCCUGCAGUUACCGUGAUGGAGCAGUCGACCGAUGUCUAUGUCUUACAAAACGACCAACUCCGUGUCGUUGUUGAUAAAGGUGUCAUUACGUCAAUUUACGACAUUGAAAAUGAUCGUGAGGUUGUCGAGAAGGGUGGUGAGGCCAACAAGUUUGUCAUAUUUGACGAUAUUCCGCUUUACUGGCAGGCCUGGGAUGUUGAAGUUUAUCAUCUCGAUGCACGCAGAAAGGUUGAAUAUGGCAAGACCAAGAUUUUUGAACAGAAGGCCCAUCGAGUCACCUUGGUCACUGAGAUCAAGAUCAGCGAAAACAGUUCGAUCAAGUCAUACACCACCCUCUCAGCGGCCCUUAAAGGUCAACCUUCUCAGAUUGAUGUCAAGGCCAACGUCAACUGGCACGAAGACUCCAAGUUCCUCAAGGUUGAAUUCCCCGUCAACGUUGUCAACAACGAGGCUUCGUACGAGACAGCUUUUAGCAUUACCAAACGACCAACUCACUACAACACAAGCUGGGACAUGGCUAAAUUCGAGGUGUGCUGCCACAAAUUCGCUGAUCUUUCGGAGCACAACUACGGCGUUUCCAUUCUGAAUGACUGCAAAUAUGGCUUUGCGACUGCGGGCAAGAUGAUGCGAUUGUCACUUCUACGAUCGCCCAAGGCGCCCGAUGCCAAUGCCGAUAUGGGACGUCACACCAUUCGAUGGGCCAUUCUUCCUCACAAGGGAGCUCUGUCUUCGACCACGGUUAAGGCUGCGUAUGCUUUCAACAAUCCUCUGAAGCCUGUUACUGCUUCAAAGGUUGCCCUUGAAAGUCUUUCCAGUGCGCCUAUCAAGCUUGUCAACACUGACGAGUCCGAGUCUCUUGUGCUUGACACCAUCAAGCGAGGCCAGGAUGAUGAAGACGUAACCCGAAAUGAGGGUCUUCGCGUGAACAAGGGCCAAAGCAUUAUUCUUCGCGUAUACGAAUCUUUGGGUGGUCGCAGUCGUGGCACCAUCCAAACAAGCUUUGACGUCAAGCGUGUCACCAAGACAAACAUCUUGGAGGAUGACCUAGAAGAAAUUGAACAGGAAGAUGGCAAGAUUCCAAUCACACUACGACCUUUCGAGGUCGCCACCUUUAAGCUCCAGCUGUAG